AUGUCUCCCCCAGGGGUGCCUCUUCCUACGAUCAGGGAGGUGCUCACGGAGCAGCAGACAAACAACCACCACAUAUCCUGCCGGUCCCAGGAAGAAGCGAAGGGUCAUGGAAUUCGGUUGACGCUGCAGCAGCCAUUGCAGCGCAGCAGAAACAGGUACAGGGCGACCACAUCAGCAGGAACAGCAGCUGUAGAAAUAGUAGUGGCGCGCACUGUUUAUAGGGCCUACUGUUACCCCGCAGCUGGUUUUUUGCUGUGGGUGUAUCUACAGCUGAUGCAGCAGCGAGCCCGCAAGGCAGCAGUGCGGGCGAUGGCCACCGUCUGCGCGGCUAUUCCCAAACCAGAUCUGAGGGAUCCCGACCUGCUGGGAGCAGAUAUCAAAAAGACGGCAAGACAGCUGGAAAAUGGAGUUUGGAUCUUGGACCUGCCGUUGCAGGCUGGGGUUUGUGGGGUUACUGCAGCGAGCCCAGACGCGUGGCAGCAGCUGCAGCACAUAGAAGUCAUCGCGUCUUUGAGGCGCCGCACAGGGGCAGGCUUUGUCCUCCGUGGUUCCGCGCUGCAGCAGCAGCAACCGCAGCAACAGCAGCAGACGCCUCAAGGGGUGUAUGUUAGAGUCGUGGGGGAAGAUCAGGAGACCGUGUUCAGAGGAGCUGUUGCUGCAUGGAGCUGCUUGGGACCCCCUCAGUACCUCCCAGCCCCCGCAGACGCAGCAGAUGACGAGACGUUCGACUGCGCGACAGCCAUGGCAGGAGAAAAUGACGAAUUCCUGAAGGACGUUUGCCAGCGGACGGGAGCCCUGAUAGAUAUUGAGCCCGACCAGCCUCAAGGCUAUGCCCAUGGGGGGGCAGAGAGGACGGGGCUGCGCUAUGUCGCCAGGGCCUGCACCCAAGGGGCUACAGAGAAGGCUUUAAGGCUGCUGCGGUGGAGACUCCACCCACAGGCCACAGAGGAGGAUGGCGAGAGCCCUUCCCCCGGCCAAGACAUCAGGGGAGCAGCAGCCGCCUCUUUCUGGCAGUCUGCAAUGCCAGACGAGGCGGAGAUGAUGCGACGACGCAAGGAGGCGGAAGAGAGACGGAAGAAAAGGGGACAGAGAUCACGCUCGGCUUCUCCGGAGCGGCGGGGCCCCAACCGCCUCUCGUUCGCGCCUCCGCCUGAUGAACUCCUCACGGGUCCCUACGCCCCUCUGGACAAGUAG